AUGUCUCCAAACCCAAAUAAUGAAGAUAGAAGACCCUCUGGCAGAUUGGCCCAGCUGAUUGACGAGACGUUUGGCAGUUUCUCUAACUUUCAACAAUCUUUUGAGAAUAAUGCUCUUAACAUUUUUGGGUCAGGUUAUACAUGGCUAUGCUUUGACAGAGAACAUCAGGGCCUUAAAAUCCUUGGCACAUCAAAUCAAGACAGCCCUUUUAUGAUGGAAGGGCGGUACCCAAUCCUGGUGAUUGAUGUCUGGGAACAUGCCUAUUAUCUGAAACACCAAAAUCGCAGAGCACAGUAUGUGCAGGGAUUUUGGAAGGUCAUAAACUGGGAUGCUGUGAGCCAACUGCUGGAAUUUUGGCCACAACAAGCUAGGCAUGAUGAGCUGUGA